AUGCAAAGACAGCUUACCAAAAAGUCACCGGAACCUGUUGCAUCCUCACCCACCAGUAUUUGCGCUGACGAGGGCCACAAUGCCACACAAAGCUGUGAACGACAGCCACUGACCGACAAGAACAAAACCGAUCCGGGAAACUUGGGCAAUAGCCUCGAUCCUUUGUAUCAAUCCGUGAAUCCGCGAAUUCUGAACUGA